AUAAAAUCUUAAUAACAUGUCAAAAAUGCAAUAAGUUAAAUUCGCAGGAUUGAUUAAUUUUUGCUUAUGUAUAUUUUUAAUUAUGCAUAAACCUAAAUAAAUAUCUCUAAACUUUACAUGGUAAUAACGUAUUAUAAACGGAAGAAAAAGUUUCGAGGAGAAUAUUAGUAAAAAGAUAUUGGAAAAAGUGUAGUCUGAACAUUGAACAGCAAAAAUGAGUUUUUCCAGCGACGAAGUAAACUUUUUGGUUUAUAGAUAUCUUCAAGAAUCCGGUUUUGUACAUUCUGCUUUUGUGUUUGGUGUGGAAUCUCAUAUUUCACAAAGCAACAUAAAUGGCGCUUUGGUACCACCGGCUGCUCUUCUCACUAUUCUUCAGAAAGGCCUAAUGUAUACAGAAGUUGAAUGGAGCGUUGGAGAAGAUGGUGAAGCUGGACGUUCAGUUGAAGGGUUAAGUUUAAUUGAUGCCGUCAUGCCCGAAGUAAAGCCACCAAAACCAGCAGCUGUAAAAUCAGAACCUGGGAAAGCUAGUGCGGACAGCAGUAGCGCAGCUGCACCGUCAACUACAACAGGUGGUGUUGUAAAAUCGGAAGUAAAGUCCGAGGGUAAUGCUCCAGGAGCUUCGACAAACAAUGAGCAAAACUCGGGAGGAGCCCCAUCCGCAUCUGUUGAUUCUAAUGAAACUGAUAGUAAUACUAAUUCAGCUGCAAAUAGUACAACGUCUGUCGCACCAUCCGUCGGGACUGCUAAUACUACAGCUGGGACAACUAGUGACGCAUCUUCAACUGGAAAUAAAAAAGCCAACCCCUCGGAAACAGCAUCUGGCAGUUCUUUAGCCACAAAUGAUCUUACAACAAAUACAAAUGUCAAUAACGGCAUUACCUCAGGCACUAACGCUAAUGUCAAUGAACCAACAACAACCACAAAUUCAGUAGUAACCGCUUCAACUACUGGAACAAAUAUUUCGGGAGCCGGUACUACUACUACUUCAAGCGGCAGUGCUGCUAUUAAUAAUCCAGCUCCAGGCAGCUCUGAUAUUUUGACCCAGAUACAACUGAGUAAUACUGCUUCAACAACAGGAACAGAACCAAUGGAUAUCGAUCAAGGUAUUGAGAUACCUGCUUCUAAAGCAACAGUUUUACGUGGACAUGAGAGCGAAGUAUUCAUAUGUGCCUGGAAUCCCAGCAGAGAUCUUCUUGCAAGUGGAUCUGGUGAUAGCACUGCACGCAUAUGGGAUAUGUCCGAUGCAACAAGUAGCCCUAACCAAUUAGUUUUACGCCAUUGCAUUCAAAAGGGAGGUGCAGAAGUUCCAAGCAACAAAGAUGUUACAUCAUUAGAUUGGAAUUGCGAUGGCACCUUGCUAGCUACUGGCAGUUAUGAUGGGUACGCACGCAUAUGGAAAACUGAUGGUCGCUUAGCAUCAACUCUCGGUCAACAUAAAGGUCCAAUAUUUGCAUUAAAAUGGAAUAAACGGGGCAAUUAUAUACUCUCGGCUGGUGUUGAUAAAACUACUAUAAUCUGGGACGCUUCUACGGGACAAUGUAACCAACAAUUUUCUUUCCACAAUGCACCCGCACUCGAUGUCGAUUGGCAAACAAAUGUAUCAUUCGCUUCGUGUAGUACUGAUCAACGUAUCCAUGUGUGUCGCCUUGGCUCAGAUAUGCCAAUUAAAACAUUUAAAGGUCAUACUAAUGAGGUGAACGCUAUAAAGUGGUGUCCACAGGGUCAAUUGCUUGCCUCCUGCUCGGACGAUAUGACACUGAAAAUUUGGAGUAUGAAGCAAGACAAAUGCUGUCAUGACUUACAAGCUCAUUCUAAGGAAAUCUAUACAAUCAAAUGGUCUCCCACUGGACCAGGAACACAAAAUCCUAACACGAAUCUAAUACUUGCUUCCGCKUCAUUUGACUCCACCGUACGUCUAUGGGAUGUUGAGCGUGGUACAUGCAUUCAUACUCUUACGAAACAUACAGAGCCKGUCUAUUCGGUAGCAUUUAGUCCAGACGGAAAGUAUUUAGCGUCAGGAAGUUUCGAUAAAUGUGUACAUAUUUGGAGUACUCAGUCGGGACAGUUAGUACACAGUUACAAAGGCACAGGUGGUAUUUUUGAGGUCUGUUGGAAUUCCAAGGGCACUAAAGUGGGUGCCAGCGCGUCGGAUGGUAGCGUUUUUGUGUUGGAUUUAAGAAAAAUCUAGAAUUUAAUUUAAAUAUUAUCUGAUAAAUUAGCAAUUAUUAUAAGAAAGCAUUUGAACAUUUUAUAUUAAAAGAAUGAAAUAUUAAGAGCAUUAGCAU